AAUCCGUUCCAAAAAGCUGUUCGAGUGAUUCCUCGAAACGGCUCUUGUACAAGCUGCUUGCAUCGAUUGCAGCACCAACUGAAGAGUGUGGAAAGCACGAAAAAAAGAGCGUUGGAAAAAAAUAAAACGCGUCACGGUGAAGAUGCGAAUGCAACGUGAUGCAUAAUGUGCUUAUAUACUUGAAUGUGUCACGUAUUUUUUUUUGAGUGUAUUUGAGAAGUGCCACCUAGUGUCACCGCAUUUUUAUUACAUGUGCACUUUAAAAUUGAUUUCUCCCUGAAAAAUUGACAAAAUUUUAUAGUUCUGGUUGAGCCAGUUACGAUUCGAAUUAGUGAACUCCACCCGCAGCUGUCGAAGGCUGCUUGCUCUUGGCUACAGCUUCAGAAAAAUCGAACGUUCAUUCCGUGCCAAACUCUGAAUAGUGUGAUCGAAUGAUUUCAAGUGGUGCCAAUUAACGACUCUACACGAGGAAGUGAAACAAAUUUGUAAUUACCAGGAAGUUUGUCCAACCUUUGAAUAGUGUGAGAAAACAACACAUCGUGAGCUAAUUUUGAACAGUGCAUUUCUCUUCCCUUUCCCAAGGAAGCAACGAAGAAGCUCGUGACCUGUCAAUCCAGUAGAUCGGUUUCCUGUCGAAAAACCCCCGAUAACCAAAUCCAUCUGUUCACUCUCCCGUUCGCUAUAGCUCUCGGUUUCAACCGGAAAAAGGCUCCCGUUUCGUCCAGAUUGUGAUCGUACCAUCCCAAAAAGAGAGUGAGUCGUAUCGUCACCAGCUCGCGUAGCUCAUUGCACAGAGUACAUCCGAUCUUACAUACAUAUAGUCCCAGAGGACGACGUUUCCCAGCAUUAGAAGAUAGAGAAGGAGAGUGUUUGCACCGUUUCCAACUUAAGUGAAGAAAAAUAGGCUCACCAGCUACAACGAAAACGAGGAGGACAGCAACGGGCAGCAAGAGAGAACCCCCGCUUUGAUGCAUAUUAUUGCAAACACACGCCGCAACGAUGUUGGGCUAUCUUGCUUCAUCAUUGUUAGUUAUAAGCACCAUCUACUCGAUCGAUCCCAGUAGCGCCGGUCCGCUGGAUGCCUUGAGCUGGGCCCGGAUGGACAACAUCAAUCUACCAUGGUUGCCAUAUGAAAACAUGACCCGUUGCUACGGUGAGCUGGGCUGUCUGAACAUCACCAAAGAAUGGUACCAUCUGAUCUUCCGACCGUUCAACGUAUUCCCACUGCCCCGGAGUGUGAUCAACACCCGGUUCAUCCUGUACACGGAGAAGAACCCGACCGACGGCCAGUUGCUCCAGGCCGAAACGAAGGAAACCAUCAUGAAGAGCAACUUCCGCUCGGAUUGGGAUACCAAGUUCAUCAUCCAUGGGUUCAUCGAUACCCCACUGUCCAACUGGGUAUCGGAGAUGCGGGAUGAGCUGAUCACUCGCGGUGGGCUCAACGUGAUCGUGGUGGAUUGGGCCGGUGGAUCAUUGCCUCUCUACACGCAGGCUACGGCCAACACUAGACUGGUAGGAUUAGAGAUAGCUUAUCUGAUCAAGAAAUUGACGGAAUACAAAGGACUUAGGGCGGAGGACGUUCAUCUAAUAGGGCACUCGUUAGGGGCACACACCGCUGGGUACGCUGCGGAGAGGACUCCGGGUUUGGGUAGAAUUACAGGGUUAGAUCCAGCUGAACCGUACUUCCAGGGGAUGGACCCUAUUGUAAGACUGGACCCGUCGGAUGCCUCUCUGGUAGACGUGAUCCACACCGAUGGACGAAGUGUGUUCCGGUUGGAGAUACCCGGAUAUGGCAUGUCCCACGCUUGCGGGCAUUUGGACUUCUAUCCAAAUAAUGGCAAAGAACAGCCGGGUUGUGCCCUCUCGCAGGAAGGAGCUGCCACCAUUCCUCUGACGCUGAUCAAAGACGGAAUCGAGGAAGCGUCCCGGGUUCUACUAGCUUGUAACCAUAUAAGAGCCAUUAAGUUAUUUAUCGAUAGUAUUAACGGAAAGUGUCCGUAUGUAGCCCAUCGCUGCCCCUCCUAUCAGCAUUUCCUGAGCGGGAACUGUUUCAAAUGCACUUCCGGAAACUGUGCUCUAAUGGGUUAUCACGCGUCGCUUCCAAUCACAACCACCAGACAGAAUAUUUCUGAAAACGAUAUCGCGGUCGGCUCAUCGAUUCCGGUAGCGCCCCAACCGGGCAAGUACUUCCUAGCGACUGGAAGGGAUUUCCCAUUCUGUCAACGCCACUACCGGUUCACAAUCGAGCUUGCCAAGCCAAAAACAGCGGAGCCAUGGGUCCAGGGCCACCUAACGGCUGGGAUCUUCUCGGAGCGGGGUGCAAUCCGAAGUCUGGACCUCACCCCAAAGGGCACGGCACGGUUUGAGCAUGGCACAGUCUACCAGGUUGUGGUUACCAAUCCACACGAUCUGGGCGAUCGAAUCCGUAAGGUGGAACUGGCCUGGACGCACGACAUGAACGUGCUGGAGCCUACGACACUGUGCCUGUUCUGGUGCAACAACCAUCUCUACGUAAAAUCGAUCCAAGUGGAAACCAUGCAGAUGCCAUCGCGAGAGAAGCGCAACACCGAAUACUCGAACAAGCUGUGCGCCCCGAAGCGCGAUUUUGCCGACAUUGCCAACCGCGGAACGUACUCGUUCUACGACAACUGUAAGCGAUGAAAUGGUUUGGCCAUACAUACCGAAUGCCGCGCAAGGCUCCGCCCCGACCCUCCGGAUCCUAUUCUGAAAUACUCUCGUAAAAUUAUGAGCUUUAGCUAGAAGAUGAGACGAAGCCUAAUCAAGUUUGGAAUGGCACCGAUAGAUUAUUUGUUGAUUUGUUUCUGUUACAGCAUUGAACCUUUCGCGAGUAAGGUUACCCAAAAUUCUCUUUUUUAGUCCAAUAAGCGAGGCCCAGUUAGUGAUAGACUCAUUCAGCUAGGUUCGCACAAAAUGCCAAGAUUACGGUGAUCUGUUGACGUCUAACUAUGGUUUCGUAUGAUAUAGGAGGGAAAAAGUUUCAUAUGUGAUUUAGUGCGUUUAUUACCUAUCUCCUCCGAACCGAAUGGGUGUAAAAUUGAAUGUUUGAGAAAAACCCGUUAUUAGUUUUGAUUGAAGCUGAAUGAGUAAGGAUUGUUGAGAGAGAGAAAAGUCAUUUAUUUUUGCCUAGUUAAGAAACGAAUACAAGUACCAUAAACCACGUGUUCCCUACAAGUAUAUUCAAUUGUACAAAUUUCUCUUUAGUUCAAGCAAGACGUGACCGUUUCCUGCGUGCUUUUAUUAUACUUUGUAAACAUAUGGUUGAUUAUUUAGACGUUGUAAGAAUAUUUCUAUGAAAUUUAUUUAUCCUAUUGACUCAAAUCUUGAAAAAUUUACCUGUUGUCAUGGUUAAAUUUUCAAUUUUAACUUCUGAAUCUGUUCUGUUUUUGUUGUUGAGAUAAAGAAAUGCCAAAGCUUUUAACACCACCGUUAGAAGUUGAUUUCU